GAGGAGGUGUACAGACCUGGUAUAAAGUCAAAGUGCUGCACAUGUGGAUCCACAGUGACACAGAGACACGGAGCUGCGCGGAUCUUAGCGACACGGACUCUGGUGGAUCUUAACGUUUUGCAGGAUUAAUUUGAACUAACACUUGGGGAAAAUGGAUUUAUACGUUUUUGUUUCCGUCUUGUCAGUGAUGUACACCUGCAUGUUGUGCACAGUUCUCUCCGCUCCUGCUGCAGACUCAGACUCAGCCUCAGACUCAGCCUCCACCUCCUCCACCACCAACUCAGCUCUUUCUCACGGGACACAUGUGCGCAACAAACGCUGCUCCUGCGCCACUUUCCUGGACAAGGAGUGCGUUUACUUCUGCCACCUGGACAUCAUCUGGGUCAACACACCUGAACGUGUGGUCUCUUAUGGACUGGGAAACGCUCCCAGGAGGAGGCGUGCAGCCUCAGAGCCGCUGGCCCCCAGGAGCCCACCGCGCUGCCAGUGUUUCAGCCGAGACGACAAGAACUGCAGAUCCUUCUGUGGACUGGACCAGAGCCUCAGGUAUGAGACAUCGCCCGACACACUGAUCCACCUCAGCGCCCGAGGCCACGGCUGCUCUGAGCCUCAGUGCAAACAGGAGCUGGCAGGAGACACGGGCGAGAUUAGGAGCAGCAACAGGAAGCAGGCGUCACCUGCAGCACUGGCCUCCAAAACCAGACUGCUGCUGGAGAAGUGGCUGCUGCGACGGCGCCACAGGGCCAGGGCGUGGGAGGGCAAGAGCCCGGCCUCCUAAGGACGACGUGCCGACCUUCACACUUUGUUCUACAGAAAAAGGGUUUUCGGAACCCAGGCGACCUUUUCUCUGAAGAAAGUCCAUCGUGCAGGGAAGGGGGGGUCGAGACCAGGGGACGCUCUCCACGCUGCAGAGUGAGGAGGACUCUGAAGAGGAGCGUCGGUCGGUCGACCUCAUGGCACGGACUGAUGUGGUCUGAGGAGAAACACAGAAGGACAUGUACUGUAUUAGCAGAAGACAGGACUGAGGACGGACACUGGUCCUGUCAGCUGUCCUGCUCAGACUCCAGGACUCUGUCCAAACUUGACUUUCUAGGGAAGGAUUGUUUUUUUUUUACAACAUCACUUUUGUUACAGACAGUAAACAUAAUGACUACAACAAACUGGUGUUUAACUUUGAUUCUGUAGGAGCAGAUUUCCUACCACUUGGUUCCUGGUUGAAGUUAUUACUGGUCAAAAUUAAUUAGUUUGAUGCAUUUUAUCUCUGUGACCUUUAAGUCACUUCCUGUCAAAAUCAAUAAACUCCAGUUAUUUCAAACUUGUUCACAGAAACUUAAAUUUAAACUCAGUUUAACUAAAGACAAAUCAAUCACAUGGGAUUUAAAUCAACUGAUCAAUCAUUCAGAUUAGUUGUCAAGUCAAUGCAUAUGAACUGAAUCAAUUAGAACAAAUUAACAGAGUACAAAUCAAUUCAAAGUAACCCCGGCUAAUCCAUCCUCAACUCAACCAGGAACCAAGGCAGGAGAUCAAAUGACAUUUGUUAACGUUAUUCUAAACAGUUUUAAAAUGAAAAUUCUACUCAUUUAAAACCAACAUCAACAUCUUAUCAAACUCCACAUUUCAAAAAAAUCACUUUUCUGUCACACUCCUUUUUAACUGACUGAAUUUUUUUUUUAAGGUCACCACCUGUGUGUCAGGGCACAGGUCAAAGGUCUGUUAUAAUUUAUGACUCUGCUCAGUUUGAAUGUAUCAACUAUUUGUUUUUGUUUUUUUCCCAUGUUCUAUUUAUUUAUUCUAUUAACAUUUAUCAUAAUGUGAUGUUUGUUUGACAUCACGUUCACUUUAUUUCUAUGAAAUGUGUCGUCAUUAAACUGCCAUGUUGUGGCAUAUUUUAAUAAAAUUUGACACCUAUUUAAACUG